UCCGCGAACUUCGACACUGUGAGGAAAGAGGAAAUGCUAACUCAGUUAGUUUUAAGCAACGAUAAUACUCGUUUAGAAUAUCUUAUACGUUGACUGAAAAAAAAUUUAAAAUAUCUUGUCUAUUCAACCUUGUCGAUUCGUUGAAAACUUUACACAGAUUUCAAGAAUUUUUUGCUGUGAAUAAAAGCUGAAGAACAAGAUGUCGAAAACUUUUACAGCGGAAGAAGUAGCGAAACACAAUCAUGCUAAAGAUCUAUGGAUCGUGUAUGAAAAAGGUGUGUACGAUGUUACAAAGUUUCUAAGCGAACAUCCAGGCGGGGAGGAAGUGUUGCUGAAUCUAGCUGGACAAGACGCGACACAAUGUUUCAACGACAUUGGACACUCGGGCGAGGCUAUACAGCUUCGUGAAACCUACAAAAUAGGAACGGUUGUCGGCUCUGUUUCUGCAACAUCAUUUAGUGAGUUAAAAGUGCAAGACACGACGAUAGAUGACGAUAAUUGGGAAUAUCAGCCACCGAAAUACGAAACGUCACCAUGGCUUAAAGUGAUUAUCGCAAUUGCUGUCGUCAUUUACGCCUAUAUAUUUUACUAUUUUUGGUAUUCAUAAGGAGGAUAAAAUCAGAAGGAGAUUGAGAUUGUUAUAAAUAAAAAUACUUGUAUUUUUCAA